CAGUCACCAUUGACCCGCGUUUUUACCGGCUCGCGGUGGUCAGCGAUUCUGGAUUCAGUGAUCGUAACAUACUCGUCGCGCGUCGUGUUCACUGCUCACCGCCAGUCGGCCCAGUCGUGUUCCGGACGUGUUUGUCGCGUUACGCACGUCGCCGCUGCCUGCUGCCCACCGGCCACCAGUCACUCUCGCUUUUAAUUCGCCACCGUUUCGGCUCGUUUCCGGUUCUUGUCUUAAUCAAUUAUUAUUAUUAAUGCUAUAAUGUUAAUAUCAUCAAGACAUACCGUAAUUAAUUAUUGUCACGAGUGUGUACGGUUUUCGUCCAUCAUAGCAACAAGAACAAUAUCAUUAUAAUAAUAUUAAUAUAUAUUUUUUCUUCAAAUUUUCGUCUGAUUAAUCUUUAUUAUCACCUAUUAUUAUAAUUCUGCGACCGUUGUCAGUCCGACGAGUGUUUCAAGUCUGUGAGCGAUUUUCGUGUUUUUAAUUUCGCUGCCGCCGAUCUCAUAACGACGAGAUUACAUAAUGACGUCAAAACUUUAUAAUCUAAUUGUUGGUGGUGCUUCAGUUACCGCUGGAGCCUAUUUCUCCACAUGGUUAUUGACUGGAGAAAACCCAACACAAUUACAAACAGUGCAAGCAGAAGCCGGUAAAAAAACUGGAAGACUACGUACAUUACCUCCAAGAAGUACUCAAAUCCAAUCUUUACAUUCAGAAGACUUUGAUGUCCUGAUUAUUGGAGGAGGUGCUACCGGUGCUGGCUGUGCUAUUGACUCAGUCACGCGAGGUUUAAAAACUGCACUGGUUGAGUUAGACGAUUUUGCGUCAGGUACAUCAAGUCGCAGCACUAAACUCAUCCAUGGUGGUGUACGUUACUUGCAAAAAGCAAUACUUAAUUUAGAUAUGGAACAAUACAAAAUGGUCAAAGAAGCAUUGCAUGAACGAGCAACAAUGCUUAAGACAGCUCCUCAUUUAACCCAUGCAAUACCAAUCAUGUUACCAGUUUAUGAGUGGUGGAAAGUUCCUUACUACUGGGUUGGUAUUAAAGCAUAUGACCUUGUAGCAGGUUCAAAAACAGUUAAAAGUUCUUAUUAUUUGACCAAAAAUGAAGCAUUAGAAAUAUUUCCCAUGCUUAAAAAAGAUAAAUUGGUUGGAGCUAUUGUAUAUCAUGACGGUCAACAAGACGAUGCUAGAAUGUGUCUUGCUUUAGCACUGACAGCAACUCGUUAUGGUGCCACUGUAGCAAAUCAUGUAAAAGCAGUUCAUAUUCUUAAAGACGAUAAUGGAAAAAUUAGUGGAGCACACCUCCGAGAUGAACUCACUGGAAAAGAAUGGGAUGUUAAAGCAAAGUGCGUCAUAAAUGCUGCUGGGCCUUUUACUGAUUCUGUACGAAAAAUGGAUGAUAGCAAUGUUAAGGAAAUAUGUACUCCUAGUAAAGGUGUUCAUAUUGUAUUACCUGGUUAUUACAGCCCUGAGCAAAUGGGACUUUUGGACCCCGAAACGUCUGAUGGCCGUGUUAUAUUCUUUUUACCAUGGCAAAAGCAUACACUAUCAGGUACCACAGACAGCCCAUGUGAUGUAACAUAUAAUCCUACUCCUACAGAAGAUGAAAUUUCGUUCAUAUUAAAUGAAAUUAAAAAUUAUCUGAACUCAGAUGUCGAAGUACGCCGAGGUGAUGUCUUAAGUGCAUGGGGUGGUAUUCGUCCAUUAGUGUCGGAUCCAAAUAAAGGUGACACUCAGUCACUGGCACGUAAUCAUAUUGUGCAUGUAAGCAAAUCUAAUUUAGUAACAAUUGCUGGAGGUAAAUGGACUACAUAUAGAGCUAUGGCUCAGGAAACUAUUGAUGCUGCAAUAAAAGCUGUUCCAGAAUUAAAACCAAAAAAACCUGAAUGUCAAACAGAUGGUCUCCAAUUGGAAGGAGCACAUGGAUGGACACCAACUAUGUAUAUCAGAUUGGUACAAGAUUUUGGUUUGGAAUGUGAAGUGGCUCAACAUCUAGCUACGUCAUAUGGUGACAGAGCAUUUGCUGUAGCUAAAUUAGCUAACCUUACUGGCAAACGUUGGCCAAUAAUUGGUAAUAAAAUUCACCCUGAAUUUCCAUACAUUGAUGCUGAGAUUCGUUAUGGAGUUAGAGAAUACGCUGUUACGGCUGUUGAUAUGAUUGCUAGACGUUUACGAUUGGCAUUCCUAAAUGUACAAGCUGCUCAAGAAGCACUCCCAACUAUUGUAAACAUUAUGGCUGAAGAAUUAAAUUGGAGUGAGGAUGAAAAACAGAAACAAUUGAAAAUGGCCCACAAUUUCUUGGCCACUGAAAUGGGUAUGAGCGUGAACAGAGCAUCUCGAGACAAAAUUCCAAUUACUCUAUCUCAAGAAGAAGUUAAAAUGUAUGUGAAGAGAUUCCAGAUUCUCGAUCAUGAUCACAAAGGAUAUGUUUCUAUCAAUGACAUUCGUAGGAGUAUGAAGAAUGCUGGUGAAAAUGUAACUGGAGAUGAACUUCAUGAAAUUCUGAAAGAAAUAGACACCAAUAUGAAUGGCCAAGUUGAGCUGGAUGAAUACUUACAGAUGAUGUCCGCUCUUAAGUCUGGUCAUAUAUCCCACUCUCGUUUUGCCAGAAUGGCCGAAUUAGAAGAAUUCCAUAAUAAAACUCAAAGCAAAAUUAGCGUGGAAAGAAGUGGCGGUGGUUUAUAGAUGAAUAUUCUAUUGCGAUAAAUCCCAAUUUAUUUAUUUAUUUUUGGUUUUAUUUUAGCAUCCACAAACAACUUUUUUAGAUGUUAUUGAAUUCUACCAUAACCAAAGUAUUUCUUUAAUUUUAAUUUUUUGUUUUGUUACAAAGUGUUACUAUGUAUAAAAAUAAAAAUUACUGUUAUGA